AUGGAUCCCAGCCUCCAGACAUUUGAUUUUGCCGCUGAAUUUGCUCGCAUGGAGGGCUACGAGUACCUUGAACUGCCAAAUGAGAAUUCUUACGCGCCGGUAUCGCCGGAAAUUCUAUGGUUAGGGGAUGCGGCAGUCAUCACGCGCCGUCCCGACCUGGCCCCGUUCCCGGACACGCCCUCCAACUCGACGCGGAGAAUGAUGGAGAUGCUACUAUGGCAGGAAAUCCGAGUCUUCGACAUGAACCCCGGGACCCCGGUGGUCCGCGAUCGCCGGUUCUGGAUCCGGACGUUUGACGGCCUGAGCGUGCCGCAGUCGCAGAGGCUCAUGGGCAAGCACAGGCUCUACGCCUCCCAGCUCUGGGCGCAGGGCCGCCUCGCCGCUCCGGGCAGCAGCGACAUGGACUCGCUGCUGGAGACCCCGGGCGGCUUCAUGGUGGCCACGGGAGACCCGAUGCUCGUGUCGCGAAGCAGCACGGUCAGAAAGAGAUGCCGUCCGGGCGGCAUCGCGAUUGGCGACGUGGUCCGCGUGGACGACGACGGACACGGCGCGGAGACGCUGCUCGCCGCGCUCUGGCGUGGCCUGCGGGAGGGCGACAACGAGGCGGACUGGGCGCGCCGGAAGAUGGUCUGGAGGGAGACGCUGCAGAGGGACGUGAGGGCGCUGCACGCGGCCAACGCGACGUGGGGGGCGGUCCGGCUGGACGGCGUCAUGGUGCAGGACGACCGCUUGUGGAUCUUCCACUUCGGCGUCGGUCCGUGGGCGGUGUCCAGCGAGCUGGGUCGGGGGUUUCUCGAAUUUGAUGAGGAUCAGUAUCUCGACAUCCUGGAGCUCGCAGCCUUGCUUCAGCAUCCGUUGUGGGAGUAG